GAUAUCAAAUUAUCCUUCACUAAUCAUUCACCCAAAUCAGAAGCCACUUGGAUUCCAAGCCCACUUUGGAGGUGAACCUGCCCCAAGGCAAGCCUGAAGCUUGCCCAAAUACACCACUCAUCAAUUGCAUGGAUCGCAAGGUAACAGAGCGCCUUCCUUGUGCAUGGAGAAGGCCAAGACCUUAAGAGAAGCAGCCAAGCUGAAGUCUCUCCUUCUAAUAGCUCUCCCCUUUGCUGCCCUCAUCUUCUCAGGCCUCACAAAGAUCACCAUAAAAAGAAACCGAAAACCUUGUGGCCUUCCGUUCCACGAAGAAGAAAGCCUGAUGGAUUCUUCUGCUUCCAGUUGUUCCACAUAUGAUUUCGAUUCAUCCUCCAUAUACCAAGAGGAAGAAGAGGACGAUGAUCUUGAACAAGUAGAGUUCCUGCCGAGGUGUCUAGAAAAUCCAAGCGAUGUUUUGAUGGUUAAUAUCCAAGAAGCUGCAACUGAUGGCAUAGCUUGUGAGAUUACAUCAUCUACCAAAGAUGAAACAGAAGCUCUGCAACUGAUGACUCUAAAAGAAGAGAUGGAAUCUUUGAACUCACUUGUGGCUGCAAUUGCUGACAGAGCAAAUGAGAUGGAGUCAGAAUUCCAGGACUACUACAGUGCAAAGGAGAAUGAAGCGGAUUUCCACAAGCUACAGAUUAUGUCUUUAAGUUACAAGCUCGAGUGUCUGGAAGCCAACAACCGGAGGCUCGAGAGCACCAUUCGCAGUCAACAUCUCAAGAAACUGAGAGAGGAACUCAAGUUUCAGCAGAGGAAGAUAAACAAGAUGCAAAAAAUAGAAAGGCUUCAUCGUCUCGAAGCACGGCGGCAAACUCUGGUUAUGAGCGCUCGAGAAGAUGAGUUGUCCAGGAUAGAGGAGGAGUUGAAAGAAGUGAAGGAAUUUGCAGAUCGAUUGAUGCAGGAAAACAGUUCAUUAGAUUGCAAGCUGGAAGCAUUGACAGGAAUAAUUCAAUCUGCAUCAGAGGCAAAAGCAGAGAUGGUCAAGAGUGAAAGCUUCAGGACUGUUUCGAACCAGGAGUUGCUCGAUCAACUGGAGCUGUUCCGGUAUCAAUGGUACCUGGAAAUGGAGGAGCUUAUAUACUUAGGCUGGGUCGGUGCUUGCUUGAGCCAUGAACUCACCAUGAACCAAGAACAACAAGAACAAGAAGAUUUGAAUCCAGUUCAGGAGAUCGAAGAGCAGCUGAUCAUGGAGAAUGAAGUUGUGAAGAGUUGCAGGGUGGAGUUCCAUGACUCAGAAUGUUCCCCAGCGGCUGCAGAGAUCAGCAACGAAACUUGCAUGGAUUUGGAAGUUGAAGGCAGCAAGAAGAGCCGUCGUUCUUGUGGGUUGAAGAAACCAAGGUUGCUGCGCAAGCUUAGAGGAUGGGCCAAAGUAAAGAGAACAGCGGAAACAGAAUUGAUGGAUUAACUUGUUGCAUUAAAUUACUCAAAAUAUUGAAACUCACAUUAAUAAAUAAUUUAUCUACCACAAUUGAUGGAUCACCAUUUUUUUUCUUGUCAUAGCCCAUUGGAUCCUGUUAGGUAGCUGGUGAUAAAAGAGAAGAAUUAUGAAUUUUAUGAUCCUGUAAUCAAUCUGUUUCCAGAUAAGGAAACGGCAGUGCAAGAUCUAGAUACUACAGUUCAAGGCUAUAUCA